AUGAGGUUCAACAACGAAAUUAAUGAUAUUGAAUCAAUUGAAUCGCAUACAGCAUUUAGAGAGACAAGAUUACAAUCAACAGCAGCUAAAUAUGAACCAGCAGAAACAACUUGCUGUCCAACGCCAGCGUACAAGCUCUCUGGAAAGAUUGAGCGAUCGUAUGAGAAUAAUUUUGAGAAAACAGACAUGCAUUACACCCGUGCAAGGAUUCGACUUGUUGAAAACGAACAAAACGUAGCUUUCUUUGCCACAUUAUCUAACCACUUGGAACACGCAGGAGUUGCCCAGACAUUUGUUUUUGAAAGAGUAGUAACUAACGUUGGCAAUGGCUACAACAACUUAAAUGGAAACUUUGUUGCCCUUGUAUCCGGAACCUACGUUUUCUCUGCGACGCUGUUUUUUAUUCACCACAAAAGUCGUGAAGAAUGGAAGUCCUGUAAGCUUUAUGUACGUCAAUAG